GGCGGCGGUGCGGCGCAUGCGCAGUGGCGGUCGGGCACCGCCCCGGGUGGGGGCGUCCGCGCGAGGUCACGUGGUUGCUGUCAAAUCCUGAGUGCGCGCGCCCAGCGCCUCGCGGCGGGGUGCCGUUACCCGUGACACAGCGGCGCCGGUCUCGCUUGUGAUUGGUUAGAAGCCCUGAAGGCUUUUCGCUGCUAUUGGCUGGCGGCCGGCUUGGGGCGGUACCGGUCGCGAGAGCGGCGGGUAGGAAGAGAAGGUUGGCGGAGAGGGCGUGGCCCGAGUGGCGGUUGUGGGCGGAGCGUGUGGUGAUGGCGUCGCCCGCGGCAGCCAAUGAGCGCGUCCGGGAGGCGAGUUUGAAUCCGCGGAGCGAGCAGUGGAUGCAGAGCGGAGUGGUCGCCAUGAGGAAGAGUGAGGUGCUGGCGGCCGAGGCCGUGUCGUGCCUGAACCGAGCCAUGGCGGCGCUGCGGGACAUCUGGGAGGAGAUCGGCAUCCCCGAGGAGCAGCGCCUGGAGCGCACCGAGGUCGUCAAGAAGCACAUCAAGAGUCUCCUGGACAUGAUGGUUGCAGAGGAGGAGAGCCUGAAGGAGCGCCUCUUGAAGAGCAUUGCCCUGUGUCGGAAGGAGCUUGACACCCUCUGCAGGGAGCUCCAGCUGGACCCCUUUGAGGCAGAGGAAGAAAGUACUAUUCUGCAGAUGGAGAAGAAUUUGCGCACCCGCGUGGAAGUGAUGUUAAAGCAGAAAAGGGACAGGAAGCAGGAGCUCAAAACCCUGCAAGAACAAGAUCGAGACUUGUGUGACAUCCUCUGCACAACCCCGUUCUGCAUUGACAGCACUGCCGUGCCCAGCCUGGAGGACCUGGAUCGUUACAGGCGCCACUUGGCCUCCCUGACUGCUGAGAAGGAGCAAAGGCGAGAAGAGUUUGUCAGCAGCAAGCGGCAAAUCAUCCUCCUCAUGGAGGAGCUGGACCACACUCCAGACACAAGCUUUGAGCGGGAUGUGGUGUGCGAGGACGAGGAAGCCUUCUGUUUGUCCAUGGACAACAUUGCUGCCCUCCAGAAUCUGCUGCAGCAGCUGGAAGCCCGGCAGUCCCUGAAUGAAGCUGUGUGCACAGAGCUGCGCUCCAGAAUCGUUGCGCUUUGGGGAAGGCUGCAGGUUCCUGUGGAGGAGAGAGAGUCUUCUGCAGUGCACAUGACUGGGUCCAGAGCCAAAACCAGGAAAGCUCUGCAGUUGGAAGUGGACCGUCUGGAGGAGCUGAAGCUGCAGAACAUGAAAUCCGUGAUUCAGGCAAUCCGGGCAGAGCUGGCUGACUACUGGGACAAAUGCUUCUACAGUCAGGAGCAGAGGGAAGGCUUCAGCCCCUAUUACGAUGAGGACUAUACAGAGACCCUGCUUCAGCUCCACGACGCUGAGGUGGGGAAGAUGAAGAGCUACUAUGAAACACACAAAGAUCUGUUUGAGGCUGUCCAGAAGUGGGAGGAGAACUGGAAGCUGUUCCUGGAGCUGGAGAGGAAAGCAACUGACCCCAGUCGCUUUGCCAACCGUGGGGGGAAUCUGCUGAAAGAAGAGAAGCAGCGUGCAAAGCUGCAGAAGACACUUUCAAAGCUGCAGGAGGAGCUGGAGAGCAGGGUCCAGGCCUGGAAGCAGGAGCACGAGGGGACCUUCCUGGUGAAGGGGCGGCAGUUCAUGGAGUACGUGAUGGAGCAGUGGCAGCUAUACCGCCUGGAGAAAGAGAAAGAGAAGAAGGAGCGGCACCUGAAGAAAAGCCGCCAGAUUGAGACAGAGAUGAUGUAUGGAAGCACCCCACGGACACCCGUCAAGCACCGGGUGCUCGGCCCCCACACGCCUGGCAAAGUAAGGAAGCUCAAUGGCACUUCCAUCUCCAGCGCCACACCCAACAGCACCGUUCGUUCAGCUUUUGGGGGAACCAUCCACCACUCACCAAUAUCUCGGUUGCCGCCUUCCGGAGGGAAGUUUGGCCAGGCUCGGACCCCCAUCCGUGCAGUUGCAAAGGCCCCUCGUCCUGGAUACAGGGAACGGAACAAGGAGAACGUGUCCCAGCUGAAUGGAACCACCCUGAGCGGUGGGUGCACCCCCACAGCCCCUGCCCAGCGUAACCACAGCGUUAAUUCUGUUGCCAGCACCUAUUCUGAGUUUGCGCGCGAACUUUCAAAGGCUUCCAGGUCUGACAGUACUUCCCGCAUCCUGAACUCCACCACCACCAAUGCCUUCUGCUGAGCUGCUGCCUGCCAGGUUCCAGCUGCUCGUAGUCGUAGUGAGUCGCUGCUCGGGCAGAGUGUUACACAGCUCUCCCUGUGCUCAAAGGGUCCCAUGGUCUAGGUUUAACUUUUACCUGGGUCCCAGGUGUUACUCUGGCCAGCCUGGCUCUCUGUGGGGUGGGGGGGGUGGGGGGGUGUGUUUCUGCCUAAUGGGGUAGGGUGUGAAAAGUACACUUUUUAAAACUUGCUUUUAUUUAGGGAAUUCUUGCAAUUGUUUAUGAUUAAAGAUUGUGUUAAGGUAGCGCAGGGGUGGGUGCUGGCUCCUGCUGCAGCCCGGCUGGCUGGGGUGAGCAUCGGUGCUCAGUCACAGGGGCUCUGCCUUGCUGAGCAUGCUCUGGGACAGACAGGACCUAUGGCUUUAGUGCCUUUUGUCAGAGGCUUUUUUACCCUCCAUAUUGCUGUAGCUAUUGUCCAUAAGCAUCUUCCUUUCUCAACAUCACAGCAGGCUUGUUUUAGUGGGGGCUUGCUCUAGCUCAGGUUCCAUUAGCAGACUUUGCUUGACCCCUUGUAUCCUGCUGCUCCCUCUGCCCCAUCCCCGAGCAGUGGAGACGCAGAGCCUGUGGCAGCGAGUGCCUGAGCACACAUUACUAGCAAGGAAGUGAGCUACAGUGGGACAAGGCCUUCUUCCCUGCCCUUGGGAAGGAGACCAGCUUGUCCUACCCCAGGACCUGGUCUGCACCGUCCAGUGCUGCCCUCUGCCCUCCCUCGCACUUUGAUCUAGCAGAGGACAGGGAGCUGAGUGCUUUGGCAGUAUGACACAGCCCUGGGCACAGCUUGCGGGGCCCGUUUGCACUUUUGUUAACAAAGCUCUGUAUGUAUGUGUCUGUCCCUGAUCGUGACUAGUUUGCACCUUGUUAUCACUACAGUCCCCCACUUGCUGUUAUUUAUUCUCCAGGUUCUGUGCCCUUGUUCUGUAACUCUGUAUAUACUGUUCAAUGGAAUAAUACGUAUAUGUUUAUAUAGCCGCUGCUGUUUGUGUAUCUGUGGGGUGACCAAAGGCUCCCCCGGUAUGGCCUUGCAGCUGGGGAGGGUUGGGCAUAGCUUUUAGCUGGGGUUGGGACUGGGGACAGUCUUUUGUAUGCAACAGGAAGCACCACCACAGCCAUUACUAUGGUAGUAAUGUAGAUGUAAUGAAAGUAGUAAAGUAAAUGUAGAGUAAUGAGUAGUAAAGUAGAUGUAAUGUAGAGUAAUGAAAAGUAGAUGUAAUAAAUAUGUUCAGCCUUUCC